AGCCAUUCUGUCCGAGAGAGUCUGAGGCCUCUGAGCCCCAGCCCAGUGCUGCCCAUCUUGAUGCCCAUGGAUCUUGCCCCUCUACACCUAAGACAACACCACAAGCCCAACAUCCAGAGAGCCCAGUUCAUGAAGAGCCACUGGGGAUUCAAGGAAGAGGGAUGCAGACUGUGGAGAAAGACAUGGGUACACCAAGAGAAGCAGCAGAGGGGGUGGCCCCUGAGAGAGGACUAUUGAACAGGGAAACCAAGAACCUGCCAGCAGAAGAGAGAGAUGUGACAGGAGAAGAAGAAUUAACCAGAGGGAGACAGGUGUUAGCUAGAGAUAAUCAGGGACAAGAGUCUGACCCAAAGGUGAAAAGUACAGGUAUUAAAAGGAAUAUGGAGAGUUUAAACAUAGAAAUGGAGAUACCCAGGGAAGUACAAGAGGAAGAGAUAGGAAAGCAGACUCCUGCAAGAGAAAUAUUUGAGAGAGAAGCAAAGAAACUAGUACUAGAGAGAGGGGGUGAGCCAAGUGGAUUAGGCGUCGAGAUACCGGAAGUAAAACUGGAGAGAGGCCCCCAGAGAGGGGAGACAGAGAAAGGGAGCCAGGACAAGGAAGGGCAGGCCUCCAGUCUAACACCAGAGCCUAGAGCAGGGACGGGGGACCAUCAGGGACUUGCUUCAGCCCCAGGAGCUUCUGGGAGCCAGUCAGGUGGAGCCCCCAUGAGCCCCAGGAGGCAGCAGAGAGGCCACUUGACUUGCAAGAUGCCAUCUGCUGAGAAGUCCUCUGUGGGUGAUCAGGAAUCCGCAGAUGCUUGUCUGCCUCCUGCAGUGCCUGAAGCCUCAACCCCACACCACAAUACCCUCCUCUCUCAGAGUCAAAAACAUCCUGUGCCCCUGCCCUUCCUUUCUCCCUCUCCAUCUUCUUUAGAGCCCAUUCCCAGGACCAGACAAAAUGGGAAUCAGGAAGUUCUAGAGACUCCCUUGUCCUCAGAGAUGGAGCCUCUCCACCCAAAAUCCAAAGUCAGGCUCCGAGGGUCCUCCAGGAAGACACCCUCUGCAGUUUCUUCUUUAGCCCUUGAACCUCACUCUACCAUCCCCACAGACCAGCCCCUCAGUCCUGAGCUCACAUCUCGGGUCACUCGGGGCAGGACACGUAGGUCCUCUGUCAAGACCUCUGAACCUGUUGUCCCUUCAGCCCCUGAGCUCCAGACUUCCACCUCCAAAGACCAGCCUGUUACCCGUGAGUCCACAUCGCGGGUCACUCGGGGUAGGGCACAUAGGUUCUCUGUCAAGACCCCUGAACUAGUUGUUCCUAUAGUCCCUGAAGUCCAGCCUUCCACCUCCAGAGAGCAGCCUCUCACUGCUGAGCUUAUAUCUCAGGGCAGGACCCGUAAAUCUGUCAAGACUCCUGCACCAGUUGUCUCCACAGCCACUCAGGGCAGGGCACAUAGGUCUUCUGUCAAGACUCCCAAACCAGUAAUCCCCACAGCCCCCGAGCUCCAGCCUUCUACUUCCAAAGACCAGCCUGUUACCCCUGAGCCCACAUCUCAGGUCACUUGGGGCAGGACACGUAGGUCCUCUGUCAAGACUCCUGAACCAACUGUCCCCACAGUCCCUGAACCCCAACCUUCCACCUCCAGAGACCAGUCUGUCAUCAGUGAGCCCACAUCUGGGGCCGCUCACAGCAGGACACACAGGUCUUCUGUCAAGACCCCUGAGCCAGUUGUCCCAACAGCUCCUGAAGUCCAGCCUUCCAUCCCCACAGACCAGCCUGUCACUCCUGAGCCCACAUCUCGGGUCACUUGGGGCAGGACACGUAGGUCCUCUGUCAAGACUUCUGAACCAACUGUCCCCACAGUCCCUGAACUCCAGCCUUCCACCUCCAAAGACCAGCCUGUCAUCACUGGGCCCAUAUCUGGGGCCACUCACAGCAGGACACAUAGGUCUUCUGUCAAGACUCCUGAGCCAAUUAUCCCAACAGCUCCUGAAAUCCAGCCUUCCAUCCCCACAGACCAGCCUGUCAUCCCCAAACCCACAUCUCGGGGCAGGACAUCGAGGUCUUCUGUCAAGACCCCUGAGCCAGUUGUCCCCACAGCCCCUGAGCUCCAGCCUACCACCCCCAGAGGCCAGCCUGUCACCCCCAAACGUACAUCUCGGGGCAGGACAUCGAGGUCUUCUGUCAAGACCCCUGAGCCAAUUGCCCCCACAGCCCCUGAACUCCAGCCUUCCGUCUCCACAGAUGAGCGUGUCACUCCUGAGGCCACAUCUCGGGCCACUCGGGGCAGGACACGGAGGUCCUUUGUCAAGCUCCCCCAACCAACUGAGCCCACAGCCCCUGACCUUGAAUCUCUCACCCCCACAGAUCAGCUGGUCAUCCCCAAGGCUCAGGAUAGUCAGGAUAAGACACUGAGGUCUUCUACAAUAAGUGCUGUGCCAGUUCUUACCACCCCUGAAUUCCAGUCUCCUGUCCCCACAGACCAGCCUAUUCCCCCUGAGCACAUCCCUCAAGCCAGUUGCAGCAGGAGGCUGAGGGCCACUAGGAAGCAUGAGUCCCUCACAGCUCCCAUUGUCCGUGAGCCCUACUCUGCACUCCCUGAACCUAAAUCUCGGUCCUCAAGGAACCAAAGACAAGGAACAGUGAGAGUAGUUGAGUCCCUCAGGACCAUUCCCAAGCCUGCCUUUGCCCAGCUUCCUGAGGCCCCCACUCACACUACCCAGAUCCAAAAGGUAGAGGCAGCAGGAAGAUCUGAAUUCACCCCAGAGCCCCUGCCUAAGGCCUCUCAGACCCGCAAGAGGCCUUUGGCUACGGUGGAUUCACCCCCACUUCAAAAACGGCUCCAAAGAGGGGAAGUCACCCGGAAGACAGUUUUCCUCAAGGAAGAGGAAGAAGACCCAAUGGAGAGGCCAAGGAAGGAGGAGGUGAGGAGAGGGCCGGGGCCGUGAAGCUAGGAAAGGGCUUAGAGGCUCAGAAACUUCCAGCAAGAUCUUUCUCAAUCCCAGGAUGUAGUGGUUCCAGGACCAGGCAAGAGAAAGAGAGACCAAGCAGAGGAGGAGCCCAAGGGAAUCCCAAGCCGCAGCCUUCGACGGACCAAACCUAACCAAGAGUCCACAGCC